AUGGAGAACGCGGCGCACAAACUUUUGUGUCUGGUUGUAUCUUAUGCUAUUCACCCUGGCCACACAGUUGGAAAGUUUGUGAAGUUGUCCGAUGAGAACGACUGUUUUGCGAUUGCAUUUGAUGCCCACCAGCUUCUUGAGCAUCUCACUUGUACCUUCAAUGAUGGGAUGGAGCUUCUUUGUAAUGUGUUACGUAAAAGUAUUGAAAUACAUGAAGCAACUGUUGGUGCUGCGUGUCGUGUUAAUUUUAUUAGUUACGUGGUCUUGCAUGCGUAUCAUGCUCUGGCAAAGGGGGCUGUGAUCUCUAAGGAGAUUGGCAGGGAAAAUAUCAGUGGGCUUGCCAAUGUGGACUGGAGAACAGGUCUGCCUUUAAUUUCUCACGAAACAACCAGCAAAAAUUCUGACACUAGAUGCUGUUGGCAUCUUAUGAAUAACUUUCUUCAGGAGUUACGUCUAAAGAGGUAUGCGCUGGACCCCGCUGACAUAUUGACAGAGGUCGCCUCCUCUACGGUUGCGACAGAUGAAGGAAUAAACGAUGAUGCAAAGACGCUAGUGACUCUUUCUCCCCGAGUUUUACACGAGUAUCUUCGAAGGACGUUUGCAUAUGAUUCACUCUCGUGGGGCUAUAGGGCUGGAAAGCUUGCGGUAGAUUGUUUUCUCUAUAUUCGCUCAUCUCUGCUGGAGUUUGUGGCGGAAAUGGCGGCUGACAAAACGCUAUGCGGAAUAACCCCACUUCACGCAUUUGUAGAACAGCUUUUGUGCAAGGUUUCGAUCGAAGAAAACGACGGGCUAACCACAGGUUGCAGUGAGGGCCACGUCCUUCCCGGGAUUGCUUUUGUCACAACAGUACGCUUGAAACGGAGCUCAGAUGUUUUGUCAGGAACAUGCGUGUGUUCCCCCCCACACGCCUUGGAGUCACUGGUGGAAAAUGAGGUUUGUCACAUUGAUCUGUUGUUGCUGUUUUCCCAAUUUCCUGAUUCAGCCACAGAGGAAAUUGAUUCAGAUCUUUACCGACUUGCACUGAUGGUGAAGAGUGUAGAGAAGGGACUCGUGGUGAUUGCUGUUCAGAGCCACCUUGGUGAGGCGACGUUGCGCUGCAUGGAAUCAUGGGGGAAUCCUACUCGAACCGUUUUGGUAUUGGCUGUUGUUGGCAAAAAAGUAAUGACACAACUAGCACUGGCUUUUCGAGUCUUGCCGAGGACUCUAGGUAAGCUUCGAAAUGGCCCUGUUGAGGGUAGGUUGCGUGUAAAGGCUCUUUUUGAUUAUCAUUCAAUAAAACGUCGUAGCGGUGUGGAGCUUCAAUCGGUAUUGAUGGCGUUCAAUCCACUGAACAUGGAGAGAGGUGGGAGGCCGCAGGGAACCAAACACAGGAUGGUUAGUAUCGUCUUUGGUGGUCGCUGUGCCGCUGAUCAUGUCCUCAUGCAACGUCUUUUUACUCGUCAACUGCAUCACUUGGUAAACAUCCUUUGUUUUCCAGCCCCUCAAAAUGUUGUGAUGCCCGCUGGCGGGGUGGCAGAAGCCUGUGCAGUGCAAUACCUGGAGAAACAACUCCAUGAAGUAUCCAUGGAGGACGAUUUCUCUUUGCGAGACUUUAAGAUGCGGCUAUUGAUAGCACUACGGAGUGCGAUUUUUGCCUACAUGGGAGACGUCCUUCAGAGGUCUGGAGGCCUCACAGCGGAGGCGGCUCUGGAACAUCUGUCCCUUUCCCAAGGACGCUUUGAUGCUGUGGAGAGAGACGCAGACAGCAGCGUAGCACACGGUAAUGGCGUUGGUGCCUCGGCGUUGCGAUCGGCUCUGUCAAAUCCAUUGUACAGCCGCCUUGUUCCUACCCCGCCUUUAAUUGGUGUCUGUGAUGCAACGUGGUCUGAGAAUUGUUGCGCAAAGUCUACACUUUUGUUGGCGGAUGUUAGCGAGUGGGAGUCGCAAGCAGAGGUGGCCAGUGCUUACCUUGCUAUUGCGAUGUGCUUGGACCAUCUCUGUUUUACAAGCAUUAUGGGAGGGAGUUCAGUGGUGGGUGACUCCGACGAAGGCACACAGAUAAGCAAACUAUUCUUCUAUCCCGACAUUGCCUAG